GCGUCUCGUGGGCGGCUUGGUAUACAACCACAUCCAUCUCCCGGCCUCCUCGCCCCGUCGCGACUCCAGUCCGCCCCCUUCGCAGUCCCCACUGCCUGCCCCUCUUUUGUCUUCUCCCUCUCCCCCCCGCCAUGGCGUACCAGUACACCCAGGCGGCGGAGAGCACUAGCCACCUCAAGUCUGCCACCCCGACCUCCUAUCCCACCCCGUACGGCUCCGGCGACCCGUACUACAAUGAGUCCUCCGGCUACAUCGCACCGCCGCAGGCUGGGGCAAAGAAGGGCGGUGUCAGCAACUGGGUCAAGUUUGGCGUGCCCAUCGCUAUCAUUGUGAUCGUCGCUGCCGUCGUCGGCGGUGUCCUCGGUAGCAAGGCCCAUAACAACGGAUCAGCAUCAUCCGCCGCCGCCGUCACGGGCGCAGCAGCAGCCAGCUCUGCCGCCAGCGCGAAGGAGGACGUCGGUGUAUUCGCGACUGGCACGAACAGCCUGUACAUGCUUCCUCUCUACCCUUCGACGACCAACUCUGCAGCCUUCUCUACACCCACAUUCCAGGCACAGGCGUCCGGCCUUAGCUGGCCUACUGAGACAUUCACCCCGUCCAGCCCGGCGCCCACCUCAGUCCGCCCUGACCGCCCUCGCAUCAUCGCACCCAAGUACAAGUGGGACGCUCUCCCGACGCUCAUCCAGAACGAGCCCUACUUGAAGUACUGGAACGACUCGAUUUUCGCCAAUGCAACCGAGUACUACAAUCAACCGGUCGUACCGUAUUUCCUGGACAGUGGCAACGGUAUCCUCGAUGUCGCUCGUCAGAUCAAGAUGAGGAUCAAGGCGUUUUCGUAUGCAUACCGCAUGUCGAACAACACCAAGUGGGUUGAUAGGGCAUACAAGGAGUUACAGAACGCCGCCGGAAACCUGACGGGCAGCUCGUUCGGUCCCGAUAACUCGACUCGUUGGAACCCGAUUCACUUCCUCGAUACGGCGGAGAUGGUCAAUGCGUAUGCGAUUGCGUACGACUGGAUGUAUGAUGCGUGGCUCGAUGAGCAGAAGGCCAACAUCAUGUGGACCAUGAUCACCUACGGUCUCGACGCUGGUCUGGCCGCCUACGAGACAGGCGACCCGUUGUACUACGGCUGGUGGAACAAACAAACGCAGGGCAACUGGAACUGUGUUUGCAAUGGCGGCUUGACGCUGGGUGCCCUCGCGAUCAUAGGCGAUGACCCCACCGGUACCGCCGAACAGAUCCUGGGCUACACAGUUCCCAACGCCCUCCUCAAUUGUGCGCAGGGGCCCUCCUCCGACGGAACCUGGCAAGAGACUCCCAAUUACUGGUACUUCGGUGUGACUGGUAUGGCGGAGAUGAUCUCAGCACUCAUGACGGCGACCGGUUCCGACUACGACAUGCUUACCACGAACCCCGGUGUCGAGCUCACUGGUCAGUUCCAUAUGCAUGUCACCGGCCCUGCAUCGAUGUUCGAGUGGGGUGACAACGGUGUCAACUUGUACUCGACCAACGCCAACGCCAUGCUAUUCUACGGCUCUGUCUUCAACCACCCCGAAUACCAACUGUUCCAGCGCGACCAGCACGAUGCACCCGAACCCUGGAGUAUGUUCUGGUACGAGCCCUCCGUCUCCGGUGCAUUCUGGGAUGGCCUGCCUUUGGACGCGUUCUUCACCAACCACACCGACCAGUGGGCGUCGAUGCGUUCCAGCUGGACGGACGAGAGCGCGCUCUACGUCGCGAUGAAGGCGGGUACCCUGCAGGGCCACCAGACGCACAACGACCUCGACUGCGGUGACUUUGUGCUCGAUGCCCUCGGCACGCGGUGGGCUGGAGAGCUCGGUGAUGAGAACUACCUCGUCACUGGCUACUUCAGCAACGACGAGCAGGACAGUCAGCGCUGGCUGUACUACCGCAAGCGUACGGAGGGCCAAAAUGCCAUCCUCGUCGGUGGGGCCAACCAGCUAGUCACCGCUCAGCCUACGAUCACCAACGGCACGGACGGUAUCAAGCAGACGGGCGGUACUACCGUCUUCGACGUCCCUGAUGGCUCCACAGCGUUCUUCACGGCUGAUCUCGCGAGUGCCUAUGCCAACGUUACGUCGUACCAGCGUGGUAUCCGCACGCUCAACAGCAGGAAACAGGUGCUGCUGCAGGACGACAUCACGGCGUCGGCGGGCAUCCAAUGGCGUAUGCACACGAACGCGACUGUGACCAAGAACUCGAACGGUUUCUCGUUGCAGAUCGGCAACGAAAAGCUCGAGAUGACGAUUCUCAGCCCGUCCACUGGCUACACUCUGAGCACGCAGACGCCUGCUUCAGGUCUUAGCACGGAUCCUCCGCCGCCCGAGGGACAGGCGGAUCUGCCGAACACUGGCGUGACGGUGAUCAUGAUUGACCUCCCGGCAGGCGAGUAUAGCUUGCAGGUGUUGUUCAGCCCGCAGUGGCCGGAUCUGUCUUCGAGCGACUACACGACGUCGCCGCCGUCGGUGUCGGUGUCGGAGUGGUCACUGACGAGCCACGGCGAGAACGGGGCGAGCAACUGAUGGAAAGGCACAUACUACCGUAUCUUUUCGUUCGCGUGGGCCAGGACCCUUUCAUGACAGUGACGGACGCAGUUUUAGCAUAAUGUAGCGGUUCUAGUUAUUUCGUCUCUACUACCUGGACGGUUCGUCUUCUGAAUCGCAUCUAAGUAUACCUUC